AUGGCUUCUCUACUUCCAUCAAUAUCAUCCAAUACCACCAUUCCCAUUUCCUUUUUCUCUCCCUUCUUUCCAACAACAUCCGGAGUUUCAGUUUCUAAAAGGAAAAAGCCUUGCACCACCCACAAAAUAUUAUCAUGCAAGGCCACAAAGGGUGACCAAAACCAUAUUAAUCCUCCUAGUUCCAAAAAUAUUGGAGAAUAUUAUCCCAACCACAUUGCAAUUGAUAGAAGGAAUGCCCCGUUCAUCCUCGGAGGUGUGUGUGGCGCAGCCAACGUUAGCAAUUUUGAUUCAUCACCAUUAGAACGUCCAGUAUCUCCAGAUCUGAGUUCAUGUGGUGAACCAAACGUGCCUUGCUAUGUAAGGCCAUUCGAUUGUUGCCCACCAUUAAUAAAAGGGAGCAUAGAUUUCAAACCACCUCCAGUUUCUCAGUUGCGCAUUAGGCCUGCUGCACAUUUAGUUGAUGAACACUACAAAACUAAAUUUGCCAGGGUUAUUGAGCUUAUGAAAGCUCUGCCUCCGGAGGAUCCUCGUAAUUUCAUGCAACAAGCAAACGUCCAUUGUGCCUACUGUAAUGGAGCUUAUAAACAAGAGGGGUAUGACGUUCAACUUGAAAUUCAUUCUUCAUGGCUCUUUUUCCCAUUUCACAGACUCUAUCUUUACUUCUUUGAGAGGAUCUUGGGCAAUUUAAUUGAUGACCCGGAUUUUGCCUUGCCAUUUUGGAAUUGGGAUCAUCCUGGCGGUAUGGAAAUGCCUGACAUGUUUGAAGCUAAGGCCUACCGUUCACUCUAUGAUGAACAUCGUAAUCAGAAUCACAUACCCCCAGUGGUGGUUGAUCUUAAUUACGAUUACCUUAACAGACCUCGACCAAAUGAUGAACAAAAAAUGCUAAAUCUCAAUACCAUGCACAGGCAAAUGAUAUCUAAUAGUACGACCCCUUACCUUUUCUUUGGACGGCCAUACCGUGGAGGUGAUCGCCCUAUGCAAGGACCUGGUUCGAUUGAGUGUAUGCCUCAUAACACGGUUCAUAACUGGUGUGGCGAUGUUAGACAACCAAAAGGAGAAGACAUGGGGAUUUUCUACUCUGCAGCAAGGGACCCCCUUUUCUAUGCUCAUCACUCAAAUGUAGAUCGUAUGUGGACGAUUUGGGACACAUUACCAAACCACAAGACGACGCAGAUCCGCGACAACGAUUGGCACAAUUCCUCGUUUUAUUUCUAUGAUGAGAAAAAGGAUCUUGCUCGCGUAAAGGUUCAUGAUUGUCUUGAUAAUAAGAAGUUGGGAUAUGACUAUCAAAAAGUCGGGAUUCCAUGGCUGCCCGGUCCACCAACUCCUCAAAUGUUUACCACUACCAGGAAAGAGGCAAGGAAUGGAAAGGAAACCAUUAUAGGAAGCAAUGAUUUCCCGGUCGUUUUAGACAAAGAAGUGAGAGUUGAGAUUCGAAGGCCAAAUCAAGAAGAAGGAGAAGAAAUAUUGGUGAUCGAAGACAUUGAAAUAGAGAGAGAUGUAUUCGUGAAAUUUGAUGUGUACAUUAAUUAUGAGGGUGAUGAUGGUGUUGAUGCCUUGAGACCAGAAUUUUCAGAGUUUGUAGGAAGCUUUGUUCAUUUGCCGCAUUCUUGUUGUAAGCAUGGACACAAGAUACAAGUUUAUGGUUGGGAAUAA